AUGGGUCAGCUAUCAUCGGAGGGACGGUCGGUCGGCCGGGUCAGUUAUGUGCUGGUCGAGCCGGACCAGCACCUAACCCUAACCACCACGCGCCUCCCCGAGCCCGAGCUCCCGCCUGCCGUCGCCGCCUCCCGCCUGCCCGCCGCCGUCUGCGCCUCCCGAGCAGCCCACCCGCCGUCGCUCGCGCCUCCCGAGCCGCUGCCCGCCGCCAUCUCCUCACCGCGACGCCGCUCGCGCCUUACCCCACCCCCGCCGCCCUCCCCGGCUCCUCCUCCAACUCGCGCCGCUGCCGCCUCCACCUCUCCCCGAGCUCCCCUCCACCUCACGCCGCCGCCAGCAGCCGCUCUCCUCCUCCUCACGCCCCCGCCCGCCGUCCCCUGGACGGCCUCCUCCUCGCGCCCCCGCCCACCGAGCUCCCUGGCCGGCCUCCUCCUCGCGCCCCCGCCCACGCCAAUCAUGUCUAGGGCCCACCCGAUGUGGUUGUAUUCGGGCCCCAAGGAUGAGACCAGAGUAAUUGUUGCUGAAUUAUCCGAGAAAGAGCUGCUUGAUGAAGUCAGGCGCCUUACUCUCUUUAGCCAAGAAGAUUCGAUCCCACUGAUAUUUCCCCAGCCACCGUUUGAUUCUGACCACCCACCAACUGAGGAUUUGCGAGCCGUUAUCUCUUCUCUGGAGGCCUUCGCCUCCCAAUAUACUUCUCUUGAAGCUGACAAAACCCGGCUGCAAAAGGAGGUCGAGUCUUCUUCUUCAAAGUUGGAGGGCGCAAUUAAAAUUGCUGCUGAGGCACGCCAGGAGGUCGAUUCCUUGAGGGAUGAACUCGAGGAGCUAAAGAGGAAGCUGAAGGAUGAAGAAACGUCCAAGCUUGCUACCGAAGCUCAAAUGAAUGAAAGGAUGAUCUUCUUCGCCAAUCUGUUUUGGCUUUGCUCAGUAAUUCUCAUUUGGCUUUCUUCUCAAUUUUCACUUUGCUGA